AUGGCCGGCGGGUCCCUGUCGUCUUCUUCGUGGGCCCCGAGCCCCGCGGCGGUGAUGGCGCUGGUGGCGCUGCUCGGGCUCGGCCUCGCCGGCUACAUCGUCGGCCCGCCGCUCUACUGGCACGUCGCCGAGGCGCUCGGCCGCUCCACGGGGGCCUGCCCCGCCUGCCUCUGCGACUGCGACGCGCUCCCGCUGCUCUCGCUGCCAGAAGACUGCGCCAAACAAUUCAAAGGGGUUAGUGGUCGCGCUUCUUCUGAAGAAACAGAGAAGAGCUUCACAGAGCAACUGAUAGAAGAACUGAAGCAGAGAGAGGAGGAAGCAACUGAAGCUCAGCAAGAAGCUGAUGUGAAAUUGCUUGAGGCCAAAAAACUAGCUUCUCAGUAUCAAAAGGAGGCUGACAAAUGCAGCUCAGGAAUGAAUACAUGUGAAGAAGCUAGGGAAAAGUCAGCAGACUCACUGCUCGGUCAAAAGAAAUUGACUGCUCUGUGGGAGGAAAGGGCUCGGGAGCUAGGAUGGAAACCUGGGAAUGUCAAAACACACCAGAAUCUGUAAUGAGUACACUGGCGUAUGAUCAUGGAUACAGCAUGCCAAGCAACAGAGAUCUCAUGAGAAAGACCCUUGUACAACACUCGGUGAUGGAGGAAACAAAAGGGUUCCAUUUCUGGUGACCUCUAACUGUGCGCCACCAUGACAUUCCUUGUCGAUAGUUAAAUUAUAUUGGGUUUGUAGUAUAUACAUCUAGACCAUUUUGUGGCCAUUAAUGUUAAAAUGGCCAUAGAAGGACAUUCAUCAUCUGUAAAUCCUAAAGGGAUUGUCACUUUCUUUGUUGUUGUCUAUAAAAUGAUGGUAAUUAAGAAGGAAUUUCCAUUAAGUUGUACCAA